GUAAGUAAGAAUCAGUUUUUCUUUUUAAAGGAAAGUGAUCAUUAGUUAAGAGAAACUCUGGGUUUUAGUAUCAUCUACUAAAAUUUGUUAACUUGUUGCUCAUUACCUGAAAGAAUGCCCCCCCAUACACCAAACAAAUGGAAUACAGUUACUUUUGUUUUUUGUAAAUAGUGCUCUCUGUGGUGUACAAUGGAUAUCUUUAAGGUGUAGUAAUUACUAAAGACUCAGGAUCAAAAGGCUAUAAUAAUUCCGUUAGCAUUGGCGGGAUGAUGGAUGCUCAGAGAAGGGAGAAACAAAGACGAACUCAGUUGCAGUUUCCAAACUCAACUGGGAGGGUAAGCCAGCAGUUUAGCAGCUGCAGUAGCCACUUCAGAGCCUUGAAAGAUGAUAUUGGGGUGCUCAACAUACAAUAUUUAACUGGAGUAGAUGAAAUAAAAUCCAGACUUUGAACUGUUCACAAUCAACGCAUGGCCUUUCAAUUUUCCGUAAACACUUGGCUCAUCAUGAUAUGCUCAUUCAACUCGCCCUCCAAAUGUUUAGUCCACAAUUUCCAGUAAAGUUAUGUGCUACCCAAACUUGAAAUUGCUCUUGCCCUGUCGGUCAUUCUUAUUAGUGAAGGUCUCAAGCUCAGAACUUGACAGUGGGAAGAGAUUCACACCCAUGCGCCUUCUCUCAUGACCACAUCCAGGCAAGCAGAGCGGAAAAGAAAGAAAUGGCGAAAACAAAGAUGGGUUUCUUUAGGUUGUCUAAAGGCAAUUUAAUAUUUAUGAAAUGUCUCCUACACACAUACACAUUCUCUCUCUCUCUCUCUCUGUCUCUCUCUGUCUCUCUCUCUCUCUCUCUCUCUCUCUCUCUCUCUCUCUGGAUCCUGUUACAAGCACUGCGUCAUCCUCGAGCGAUCACAUGGUAAUUGUUGCUAUUUCAAGGAUCAAGUGUCAUAAAGCACCCCAUCCCACUCCCUUCUUUUGGUACCAUAUAGCCUAGAAGAGUUUCUGUGUGAUGGAGUGAGAGCAGACUCUCUCUGGUCCAACCAGGUUCUCGGUGGGGUGGCGCGCUCGCGUAUUCUCACCAAGCGACUGGGAAAGGGGGACGAGGGAGGGGGGUCUCAGGGGAGGAAGGGCGGCUCUAAUUGGUUUCUCAAUGAAAGAUAAUCACCUAUUCCCCAGAGACGCUAGGGAUUAGCACUCUGCCUCUCCUCUCCUUCCUUUUAGACGCCUCAUCCUCCCCUUGGAGCUUCUAGUCCAUUCAGCAGAAGCGAUCGCAGGAGCGGGGCCGCACUCAGUGCUCCGGGCUGAGCGCCCCAGUCCCCGGCUCGCUGCGCUCCUCUGCUGUCCCAGCCGCCGGCGCGCCGCGGGAGGAAAAGUUUCGAGAGCGGGGGGGAUCUGGCUUAACCAUAAAAAAUGAGCGAACUGGAGGAAGACUUUGCGAAGAUUCUCAUGCUCAAGGAGGAGAGGAUCAAGGAGCUGGAAAAGCGGCUGUCAGAGAAGGAGGAAGAAAUCCAGGAGCUGAAGAGGAAGCUCCACAAAUGCCAGUCGGUGCUGCCAGUGCCCUCCACCCACAUCGGCCCGCGGACCACCCGGGCACAGGGCAUCUCUGCCGAGCCUCAGACUUAUAGGUCCUUCCACGACCUGCGCCAGGCGUUCCGGAAGUUCACCAAAUCCGAGAGGUCAAAGGAUCUCAUAAAAGAGGCCAUCCUUGACAAUGACUUCAUGAAGAACUUGGAGCUGUCGCAGAUCCAGGAGAUUGUGGAUUGUAUGUACCCCGUGGAAUAUGGCAAAGACAGCUGCAUCAUCAAGGAAGGAGAUGUGGGAUCCCUGGUGUAUGUCAUGGAAGAUGGGAAGGUUGAAGUUACAAAAGAAGGUGUGAAGCUGUGCACCAUGGGUCCAGGGAAAGUGUUCGGGGAGCUGGCCAUCCUUUACAACUGCACCCGGACCGCGACCGUCAAGACUCUUGUAAACGUGAAACUCUGGGCCAUCGAUCGACAAUGUUUUCAAACAAUAAUGAUGAGGACAGGACUCAUCAAGCACACCGAGUACAUGGAAUUUUUAAAAAGCGUUCCAACAUUCCAGAGCCUUCCUGAUGAAAUCCUCAGCAAGUUGGCCGAUGUCCUCGAGGAGACACACUAUGAAAAUGGAGAAUAUAUCAUCAGGCAGGGGGCAAGAGGAGACACCUUCUUCAUCAUCAGCAAAGGGAAGGUGAAUGUCACUCGGGAAGACUCACCAAGUGAAGACCCAGUCUUUCUUAGAACUUUAGGGAAGGGAGACUGGUUUGGAGAGAAAGCCUUGCAGGGGGAGGAUGUGAGAACAGCAAACGUAAUUGCUGCAGAGGCCGUCACUUGCCUUGUGAUUGACAGAGACUCAUUCAAGCAUUUGAUUGGAGGACUGGAUGAUGUUUCGAACAAAGCGUAUGAAGAUGCAGAAGCAAAAGCAAAAUAUGAAGCCGAAGCCGCCUUCUUCGCCAACCUGAAGCUGUCUGAUUUCAACAUCAUCGACACCCUCGGAGUCGGAGGUUUCGGACGAGUAGAGCUGGUCCAAUUGAAAAGUGAAGAAUCCAAAACAUUUGCGAUGAAGAUUCUCAAGAAACGCCACAUUGUGGACACGAGACAGCAGGAACACAUCCGCUCGGAGAAGCAGAUCAUGCAGGGGGCUCAUUCCGACUUCAUUGUGAGGCUGUACAGGACAUUCAAAGACAGCAAAUACUUGUAUAUGUUGAUGGAAGCUUGCCUAGGUGGAGAACUCUGGACUAUUCUCAGGGAUAGGGGUUCGUUUGAAGAUUCGACAACCAGAUUUUACACAGCGUGUGUGGUAGAAGCAUUUGCCUAUCUGCAUUCCAAAGGAAUCAUUUACAGGGACCUCAAGCCAGAAAAUCUGAUCCUAGAUCACCGAGGUUACGCCAAGCUGGUUGACUUUGGCUUUGCAAAGAAAAUAGGAUUUGGAAAGAAAACAUGGACUUUUUGUGGGACUCCAGAAUACGUAGCCCCAGAGAUCAUCCUGAACAAAGGUCAUGACAUUUCAGCUGACUAUUGGUCGCUAGGAAUCCUAAUGUAUGAGCUUCUGACUGGCAGCCCACCUUUCUCAGGCCCAGACCCGAUGAAAACCUAUAACAUCAUCCUGCGGGGGAUUGACAUGAUAGAAUUUCCAAAGAAGAUUGCAAAAAAUGCUGCUAACUUAAUUAAAAAACUAUGCAGGGACAACCCAUCAGAAAGGUUAGGAAAUUUGAAAAACGGAGUGAAAGACAUUCAAAAACACAAAUGGUUUGAAGGCUUUAAUUGGGAAGGCUUAAGAAAAGGCACCUUGACGCCUCCCAUAAUUCCAAGUGUUGCAUCACCCACAGACACAAGCAAUUUCGACAGCUUCCCUGAGGACAGUGACGAGCCACCCCCUGACGACAACUCAGGCUGGGACAUAGACUUCUAAUGUAUUUCUCUUACCUGCUUCUGCCUUGCUGAAGACAGCUUUUUUCUGAGACACGGCUGCCAGCAAACCUGAGGGAAAGAGAGAAGAUUAGUGCUCGGGGUCACCAUGAUGCCUUUGAUUGAUGCUGCUCCAGUAACUACAGUGGCAUUAGGACUCAUUGCUUAGAUUAUGAUAGUGCUCUUUCCAUGUUUUAUGUUUGAACCUACAAUAACAGUUGACAUGGUGGUCCUGAAGCAAAGCCUUUUACCAGUAAAGUGAUGUUUUCUAUUGUUGCAAUGGCCUUGCUUUGCUCUGAUUAUAUUUUGAAAGAGUGUAGGAAACACUUCCAUCCAGUAGAAGAGUCUGUAUCUUGCUAGAACUACCAAGAAUAGAGAAUAAUAUAUUCGGUACGAUAGAUGACUGUGGUACAGAAAACCUGGGCUCUUCCCUUUCAUCAAGGGAAGGGAGUGGAGCCUGUGACUUCAAGCCAGUAUAGACAUCGUACAAAGAGGACCACACAUCCGUGGGUCACAGAGGUCAUGUCAAACCAGUUUCUUUCCUAGCAGAUGACGAGACUGAAUGUUACCUUUCUUUUCUGAUAGAUUCUAAAAGUUGGCCUGAUACAAAAAGCACAACCGCUAUGGUUCUGUACGGGCCUCCCACGGCGGGUACAGAUGCAGUUUUGGAGGAUUGAAAAUGGGCAUGGUAAUUGAGAAAUUGGCAAGACAAAGUGGAGGGGGAAAAGAAUUCACAAUACCAUUUCAUAUCUUUAAAAACUAUAUCUAUUGUGCUUAAAGAUGGUCCUGGAAAUGACUAGCAGCCAAUUGGUUUUAUUUAUUACCUAACACCCUCAAACUGAGGCUUAAAAUAUUCCCUUUUUAUAAGAAUAACCCCUUAGGGUAGGGGUGGGAUAGGGUGGGGAGGAAUGAAGACCCAUCCAAAAAAAUAAACAUGAAAAGGUGCUAUGUCUAUCUUUCAUCUGUAAUGUCAGUGUCUGAAUGGACGACACAGAUUCUAACCAUCAUGUCUAGCCAGAGACUCAAGCAUUUUCAUAACUUUAUUAGAAACAAACUCCCGUCAGAUGUCACAGCACAGUCCAGGGCUCAGAGAGAAAGGAUAUUUAAAAAAUGUAUUUAAACUAGUCUCUUGUCUUAGGCCUGAACCAAAACACUGUAUAUACAGUCUGAAAGUCCCAAGUCAAUGGUAUUACAACUAUACUAAGGAGCUUUGUUUAUUUGAGGAGGAAAACCAAACUGGGCCAGGAGUUGAGGACCUUUCCUUGGAUAAGUUUAUCAAAGUUAGAAGGGGUUAGAGAGGAACACAGAUGAUUUCUCCAACCUGCAUUUUAUCUAAAUAGUGCAGAAGUGUUACAACCUUGGAAUUUCACAUAAGCUAGAGAAGACAAAAUUUGAAAAUGUCAAGCUAACUGUCUUUUUCAUACGAAGAAAAGAUCAUCCAAUUAAACCAAGUAUGUUGUUGGCAGGGCAGUUGACCUCUGUUAUCAAUAGGCAGAAUCCUCCAGAAGCUUUAUUGGUUGGUAGCAUUUUUCUCAUACUGAUAAAUGUACAACCGUCCACGAUGGCAUCCUGAUAUGGAAAUGUGUAUUAAUGGUUGUUUGCUAUUUUUUCAGUAGGGUUUUUUUUUUAAUGUAGAAAUUCCUAUAGAAAUCUUUCCAUUAGGUCAUCACAGACUAACCAAUAAAUCACAGGAGUUUUCUUUGAAAUUUCAUACUCAAAACUACUUUCAAAUGUGCUUUUCCUAUCAAAAUAUAAUACUCUAAAACAUUUGAGGCCUAAAACUACUAGAAGUACAUUUAAUUUAGGGUAAAGUUCAAUUAAAACUUUCAUCCUGAUAUUAUUAUUAUGUUAUUGGAAUCCUCUCCCUCAUAAACAAUUUUUCAAGAUUACUAGAGUACCCAAAAGAUCUGUGAAUUUCAACAGACUAAAUAAUAUAAAAUCAAACACAUCUGGCUAAAAUUCAGUGAUUCCUAGAAGCUUAUUUAUCUUUUAACUGAUUUUUUAAAAAACACAUAAUUACAACAUUAUAAUCAAUGUUUGAUUUUUUUGCAAGAUAAUGUGUCUUAGGUAUGUUAAAGGCUUGCUAGGAUGUUACAUUUACCUUGUUAUUAGAAAGGGAAUUGUCUCUCUAAUUUUUCAAAUAUCCACAAAUCCCCAGGAAUUUGCACGGACCAUGUAUUUUGGGACUUGGGUUUGAGGCUAAGACAACUUGCGCGAAUACAUGGGUUCUAUGAUGAGGAAAGGCAUUGCUUUCAGCACAGUGUGACUGUGGGCUGUUUUCCACUUGUGAUACACCUUUGUUCAUUUCAUCCACAGCUUUUAUUAGGAUGGCCAACACGAUCACAAAAGAUAAAAGUGAACUCUAGCUUCCAGGAAUAACUAACAGAAAACAUCCAUCAGAUUUUCAACAUUGAAUUUUAAGGAUUUAAAUCUUGUCUUAAUCAAGACACUAGGGCUAUAACUCAUGGCCAGCUUCAUAAACCACAUUUUACUUUCUGGACUUUUCCAUGCCCCCAGUUUUUCUUUUUUUCUUUUUCUUUUUUUCUUUUCUUGCACUAAAGACCAUCUGGAUAAACUAGAAUAGUGCCAACUUGUUUGAUUUGCUCACUGACUUUCUUGGUGAUACUUUUGUGUAUGGGAAAUAGGGCUUUCUGUGUGUCUUAAAUCACAGAAAAACUGAAAACUGCCAAGGAAAGGACAUAACAAUAUUUAAUUAGACUGAAGACAUUAGAGAAAAUGAGUUUUGGAAAUCGUUAUAGUUGAUUUUUAUACUUAGGAUCUUUAUUAUUUGGAUGUGAAUCAGAUUCAUGUAGCAUUUAAACCAAGUUUAUUUUUAUUAUAAUCCUCACAAGUCAUAGCUUUUUUUCUUAAAAUUGGAGAACAUACAUGUGAAUUGCACAUGGAGAAUAAUAUUGCAACUACUGACUCGUUCUCACUUUGCUUCCAAAUGAUAGACCUGAUGGUGAAGCUAAAGAAGUCAGCUACCAUACUGAACACAAGGGUAUUAACCCCAACUUUAUACAAUAGAGGUAUCUGUGCAUUUCCCACAAUGUUUUCUUUCACAAUAGGACCACAACAAAUAUUUAUGUAAAUAGAUAUUUUGGGUGAUAUUUUGUGGUACAUAUAACUUUUUUUAGUGUUUCACAGCAUUAUGAUUUCAUUUUAUUUGUAUUAAAUAAUGUUCUAGGUCCAAGUAGACUUGAAUGAACGUCAUAAUUGUUAGUAUUAUUGAAACUUCUGUCAGCUCUACUGUCACUCAUGGGUCCCAUAGUUUAGAACAUGACCUGGCUAUCUGGCAUUGUUGCAAGUGCCUUAACCUCAUGGCAUCUUAUUAAGAAAACAAAUUUGGUGUUAUGCUGCAUGACAAAGACAAACACACCUCAAAAUGUUGUCCUUUCUUAGCUUGCUGCGUUUUACAGUUCUUUCUGCUAACAAUUUAUAAGCCUUUAUUAUAUAAUAUUGAUGAAUUACAGAAAUGAUGAAGUUGUUAUCUUAUUUCUGUUAAGUGUACCAGAGCUGUGUGUCUGUUCAUGAGAUACAGCGUCAUUUCUGUGAAAUGUAUAAAUGUAUGUGCAGGUCAAAUUACUAUAUGACAUACUAUCAGUCUGUAUACAGGUAUUCCUGUUUUGCUCAGCUGUGCAGACUCAGUAAAAAACAAAAAAAAGUAGUGCAGUCAAAUCCUAAUGUGUCUCAUUUUAUAGAUUCCAUUAACAAUGGUCCAAUCCAAAAGAAAAAUUGGAAAUGACUGCUCACCACAGCUCAUUAUGAAACCAAUGAUGAAAAUGUACCUUGGUGCACCCCUCAACAAAACAGGAUGCUUUCUCUGAGUUCUUGUAUAUGCAAAUCAGGUAUGAGGCAACUUUUCAGGAGACCUUGAAAGCAAAACGCGGGAAGUGUGUCGGUAGCCCUCCUCCUUCUCGGCCCCUGCAUCAACAGACAGAGCUCUGGGACCUUGGCAAUGACUCAGAGGUUGGGCUUUCUAAGUAAAGAGAUGUUUCUUUAAGCAUCAUCUAUCCAGUUUAUUUCAACGUAUGAUGUUUUUACAACUGGUCAGUUCUUUUGUAUUCUUACAGCUAUGGUUAUUUGGCCGUCCUCUUACAGUUUGUGCUACGUGAAAGAGUCUCUUGUUAGAAUGCAACAAACUGUCAUCCAAUGGUCGUCGGCCACUUGCACUCUCUUGGUGUAGAUUAAAAACUUUUUCAUAACUUAACCUGCUUUGAUUUGCUCUGUAUUUUCCCUGCAGCUGUAAUUGCAGAGUGCCUGUUGGAUACUUUAUAGAGUUGAAAUAAAAAAAAUAAUUACUUUUGAA